AUGGAGGAACUUCUGCUCGAUCCUGACAUCCCUAUCUCCUACAUCCUAGUAACGAGCCGACCCGAUGCUCCCCUUGUUAGAAUGUCACGAGGAAGCGGUUUCACUGGGCUCAUCUCCCCGGUUCAGAUUGAAGAUUUUGACGCUACCAACGACAUCAUGACAUUUCUCCGGCAUUCUUUUGACGAAACGUACAACGCUCGUGAUCUCCAUUUCUUCCAGGAAAAGCCAUGGCCUUCGCAAGCUGUCCUUCUCUCGUUGGCCAGAAGGAUUGGUGGGCGAUUCAUUGUUGCAGCCACUCUCGUCAGACUCGUCGAGAACGCCGAAUAUCCAAUUGAUCGUUUGAACCUCAUAUCAAAAAUAUACGACGGAAGCCCCAACCCCACCUACAUUCGUCUCGGCAAUAUUGACUCCGUCUAUCGCUACAUCAUCUCUGAUUGCUAUCCCAGUGACCGGAGAUCUUCUGUCCAGUGCCUUUCCGACAUUAUCGCUCUUUCCAAACCCUUGUCUACAUCUACUAUUUGCCGGUUUUUUGGUUAUGAUAUUUGGAGGCGCAUCCAUCAUCUCUCUGCUAUUGUUGCCGUACCCUCCGCUUCGGAGCCUAAGGCUACAGUUGCGAUUUAUCACGCAUCGUUGAGGGACUAUCUUUGGGACAGUUCUAGGUCGCUCGAACUCCAUGUAACCCCAAGGAGCUCGCAUUCUCGUUUGCUUUGCAUGUGUUUCCGUGUUGGAAUCAAGGAAAGGGCGGAUGUAGAGAAGAACAGAGUAAUUGGUAAAAUUCUGAAUGAAUAUGAGGGUCCUCUUCAGUACGCGCUUGAGAACUGGGCGCAUCAUCUCAAGCACGCAGAACCAAAUAACGAAAUCAGGAUGCUCCUUGUCGAGUUUCUGAAAACCUGCCUUACAGCUUACAUAGGAAUCAGCGAUCGUAGCGGUUCUGAUCAUUUAUCCGAAGCCUGUGAAACUCUCUGGGCGGCUAGAGCUAUGAUAUUAAAGUGGGAACCAUUUGACAGCCAGAAAGAGGCAAUGAGCAUUGGAAAUAUAUCGAACGCACAGAAAGCAAGAUACGAAAGAAUUCGAUGGGCUGAAUCGUCAACUACAACAACUGGCCAAGGACAAAAGCGAUAUCUCAACGCUCAAGCGGCUGGGGUUCACAAUGUCACCAGAUCUGCACAAGAACAAUUCGAUCUAUACUGUCAAUCCCAUACAGGCCAAUCUUCUCAGGAAUGGAGAUCUUUCGAGGCUAUUCUGCGUCAAUACUUAUUCCUUCACUGGGCUUACCUGAUCUACGGAGAAGGCAUGAUCCGUAUUUCUGUUGAGACUGCCGAGGGUCCGAGUGACAACGAGGAUUACCAUCCGCGACAAGACGAGCCGGAAUUACUAUCACCGGACGUCGCACCUAUCCUUCCAAUUUUUACUGAGCCUACCUAG